AUGCACAUGCCGAUCGAGAAUUUGAAGAUGAAAAUGCAGAAUGAGGGUCUGGAUCCUUCGGUGAUUGACCAAGAGGAACCUGAGUGGGACGAAGAAGAGCCCCAGCAGGAAUCGAACGAGAACGAAGGCGGACGUCCCGCAUUAGCAGCGCUUCUGGCAGCCAAAUUGGCUCCGGUUGCCCUUCGACCUGUUUCUGAGAAGAAGGAGCCUUCUCUCGAAGAGAAAUUGCAGCGAAAUCCUCUGUCCCACCCGCAGUCCCAACCACAAUCGCAGCCGCAGUCGCAGCUACAUCCACAAACACAAACACAGCCACAAACACCAACAGAACCAGAAGACACGUAUGUACCGCCCAGCCGUGCUAAGUACAAUCCAUCUGUUCCGCUUCGCCAAGUCUAUUGGUCGGUAGUGUCGGGUCGGUGGCUGAAAGACACAAUCUGGGAGAAAAUGCCCUCGCCUAGAAAGUUCAACAGUACGGAAAUCGAAGAUCUCUUCGAGCUGAAAAAGCAGGGGCCGUCAAUGUCGUUGAGUGGAAUGAGUUCGACCCAGUCCGAGGAAGAGCACACGUCCUUCGUGGACGCAAAGCGCGAAACGAAUAUCGGAAUUGGAGUUCGGAAGCUUCGCUACAGCGGAGAAGAGGUAAAAAAGAUCCUGUUGAACAUUGAUAAUUUCUCUUUAUCGUCUGAAUCCCUAUUAGUCAUGUGUGAAAUCCUUCCCAAGGAAGAGGAAUGCGUAGCCAUUCGAGGAUAUAAGGGAGAUCUCGACAAACUCUCUCUCGUGAAUCUCUUUUUGUACUCCGUCUCAGAAAUCCCCAACUGUCAUGAGCGAGCGCAUUGUCUGCUGUUUAAGUCGAAUUUCAAAGAAGAAGUCGAAAAGAUCCGAUCGGAUUUGACGAGUUUCCAAAGUGACUGUCGCUUGGUACUGGAGAAUCCGCACUUUUUCUAUUUGUUGGGCUAUGUGUUGGAUCUCGGAAACUAUCUGAACGGAUCGUCGACAAGAGGAGGAGCGUGUGGAUUCCAUCUAGAGAUCUUGUGUCAAUUAGAGCGAACCAAAUCAAACGAUAAUGCGGUUUCGCUGAUUGACUUUAUUGUGAAGGAAAUGAUGGCGGAAAAGCCAGAAGUGCUGAAGGUGAUCUCAGAAAUGGCCGUUUUGGAGCGUCGAACCGAUUUAUCCUUGGAUGACAUCAAUAAAAACAUUGGCUCCAUAGCGAAGGACGUCAACAACUUGAAAGCGCAGAUCGCAGUUCCUCCGCUGCAUGAUCACGACUAUUUCGUGUCUCAGAUCACUCCGUUUUACAACAAGGCAAACGAAGAUUUGCAAAAGCUUCGGGAUUAUUACAAAGCUUCUGUUGAUUGUUAUAAUUCUCUGUGUAAGCAAUUUGGAGAAAACCCGGCUUCUCUGAAGUCCACGGAAUUCUUCAGCUAUAUUGUCUCUUUUAUCACUGCGAUAAAAGCGAGCCAUAAGCAUUAUCUCGACGUUCAGGCCGAAGAAAAACUCAAGAAGGUGGCUCAGGACUGGCAGACAAUUCGACUCAAUCCGAAAGCCAAACCUCAAUCUGAGUCCGAUGUUCGUCCCACUUCUCAGCCUCCUUCUCUUCAAUCCCCUCCUCCUCCACCUACGAGAAAAGCUCCUCCACUUCCUACUGUGAAGCCUGUGUCUCAUCGAUCUUCUACAGAGCAGGCGAGUCGGGGAGAAAUUCGACAGUCGAUGUGGGAGCGUCUAAAGAGUUGGAAGUCGAAGAAUUAA